AUUAACUAAACCUGGUUUCGCUACAACGACAAGUCGUCUGCUGCCACUACAUAGUGAACCAGGAGGAUUAAAACCCCGCUACGAGCAACAAAGUUUGUGACUUUUUUGAGUUCUUUUCAUAAACUCUCUCUCCCUCUUUCUCAAUUUGGUCCUCAUUACUUAUAUGGUAAAAUGGAGAACAGAGUUGCUAAUCAGCUCCCUGAAGUAGACUCUUUGCCAGAUGGGUUUGUUGACAGCUCAAUGGAACCCGUGGCUCCUCAAACUCCAACUUCAGAGCAAGAGAAGCCAGUCAGCGACUGCAAGGAGGAUAGUAUUGGUAAAGUGGAUCAUGUGAGUGAAGCAUUACAGGAGUUGGCUGCAAAUGAGUCUCAAACCAGUCAGAAUGGUACCGAGAAGCCUGAAAAGAUGAGAAAUUUCCCUGUUCCAUUGUCUGAUAUUGAUGGAUGUGAUGCUUCAGUGCACUUGGUAGUUGAGCCUGAUCAGGGCGCGUGGCAGGAAGAGGGUACACUUACCAAGCCUGUUUUAGAUGAUUUAGUUCCUGAGGCUUCUGUUGGGGUGUCCAGAUGCAGCGAGGUAAUCGAAGUUCAAGGGAGUUCUCAAAGUUCAGAUAGAUCCACUCAAGGAGGUUUGGACUCACAAGCCACUGGUGUAAAAGAAAUAUCUUCAUCAGAAAGCACUGAGUUACAGAAAGGCAGAAAAGUAGAAGCUACUGAAACAAAACGUAAGAAUGCAAAACGAACCUUCAAGUCAGAAAAGGAGUUUCUGGAGUUCACUUUGAAGUAUCAACAAGUGCUUACUGAAAGAGAUGCUGCUAUUGUUGUUCGUGAUAAGCUUGAGUCGCUGUGCAGAGAGUUGCAACGCCAGAAUAAAAUGUUGAUGGAUGAAUGCAAACGGGUAUCAACAGAGGGGCAACAUUUGAGAUUGGAUUUAUCAACCAAAUUCCAAGAUGCAAUAAAGGACGUGAGCAACAGGCUAGAAGAGCAGAAGGAGGAAUCUCUCACUCAGUUGAAGGAGAAUGAGAUGUUAAGAAAAAAGCUGAAGGAAUUUGCUGAUCAGUAUGCCAUUUCUGAACAGCAAAAUGCACAAAAGUUAAAGCAGAAAACACUGGAACUUCAGAUUGCUGAUUUGAAGAUCAAACAGCAUGAAGAAAAAUUAGUUCAGGAGCAGUCACAGAUGAAAAUAUAUGCAGAACAGGUGUCCCAAUUAUUGGCAACUGAAAAGACUUUGCGUUUGCAGUUGACAGCAGAUGGAGACAAGUUCCAACAAUUCCAGGAAGCGUUGGUAAAGAGCAAUGAGGUUUUUGAAACAUUUAAGCAAGAGAUUGACAAGAUGGCAAAAUCGAUCAAGGAACUCAAGAAAGAAAAUACAUUCUUGAAGAGCAAGAGCGAGAAAUCAGAUGUUAUGCUGAUUGAGCUUGUUGAUGAGAGAGAGAAGUUGAAGAAACAACUGGAUAAAACAAGGAAUCAAAAAGAAAAGCUGGAGUCACUGUGCCGAUCACUCCAGGCAGAGAGAAAGCAGAAUAAAACUGGGAGCAACAGCAGUGAUUCAGUCCCAGCCUGAUUAUUAUCGAUCCUCUACCUGAUUAUUAUUGAUCCAUGCUUUAAUCUCAUUGUGAAUUUUGGAAUAUUGUUUCAAAUUUUAUUAUGUUUUGUGUCGGCUUUGGUUUCUUAUUGAGGGGAUUCGCAGUGAUCAAAUGUAACCAACCCUUUAUGAGUAGUUUGCUUUUUUCGUGA